UGUGUUUUCUUUUGUUUAUUCCUUUUUUUAAUAUUUUGCAUUUUUCUUUUUUCUUUUUUUAAAUUUAAUUAUUACUGUUUUUCACAUCUUAAAGAUGGACAAAACUUAUAUCAUCGCAAAUUCACAACCUCUGUCUUACUUCACAGACAAAAACACAGACAAAGAGAGAAAGACACAGAGAGAGACGCUAACGAUACAGUCACAGACGGCCGUUACAAACAUCACAGACUCAACGUUCAGAGGAGACAGACCACUGCUUUAGAUUUCUAUUACUAUUAUUUAAAAAAAAAAAGCAAUUAGUAUUAUAUAGAGAGAGAUAGAAAUUCACGAAGAUGGUGAGGAUAAUUCCCAUGGCGUCCUCAAUACGGCCUGCGCUCUCGUUGUUUAGAUUCUCCGAUGACGUUGCUACUACGCGUUUUGGCCUUUCCCUUUCUCCGCUUCACCUUCCUCGACGCCUCCUUUUCUCGUAUCUUGGCAGCACUGUUCCACAUUUGCAAUUCUUUGGUAUGAAAGCUUCCAAGAUGUUGAGAGCUGAGAGAAGCAGGGCAGGUAUGCCUCUGGUCAGAAAUGUGGUACAGGCAAGCACGGCAGCUGCCCAGGAAACUGCCUUAGAGUGGGUUAAAAAGGACAAAAGAAGAAUGUUUCAUGUUGUUUAUCGAGUUGGGGAUUUAGACCGAACCAUCAAAUUCUAUAGUGAGUGCCUGGGAAUGAAGCUGUUGAGGAAACGGGACAUACCAGAGGAGAGAUACACAAAUGCCUUUCUUGGAUAUGGGCCUGAAGAUUCUCACUUUGUUAUUGAACUCACUUACAAUUAUGGAGUUGACAAGUAUGACAUUGGAACUGCAUUUGGUCACUUUGGGAUAGCUGUUGAGGAUGUUGCCAAGACCGUGGAACUUAUAAAGGCCAAGGGUGGAAAAGUAACCAGAGAACCUGGUCCAGUGAAAGGUGGUACUACUGUAAUUGCAUUUGUUGAGGAUCCUGAUGGUUACAAGUUUGAACUAAUUGAAAGGGGGCCUACCCCUGAACCUUUGUGCCAAGUAAUGCUUCGUGUCGGGGAUCUUGAUCGCUCCAUAAAUUUUUAUGAGAAGGCCUUUGGUAUGGAGCUUCUUCGCACACGAGAUAAUCCAGAGUACAAGUAUACAAUAGCCAUGAUGGGCUAUGGGCCUGAAGAUAAAAAUGCUGUGCUUGAGUUGACGUACAACUAUGGAGUCACUGAUUAUGAGAAAGGAAAUGGCUAUGCUCAGAUUGCAAUUGGCACAGAUGAUGUUUAUAAAACUGCAGAGGUAGUUAAGCUUUUCGGUGGAAAAGUUACCCGGGAACCUGGACCUUUACCUGGUAUUAACACCAAGAUCACUGCAUGCUUAGAUCCUGAUGGUUGGAAGACGGUUUUUGUUGAUAAUAUUGAUUUCCUCAAGGAAUUGGAGUGAGUUUUGGGCACAUUCUAAUACUAUCCUUUUCACACUGAAAUCCAAAUCUGAGCUGAAAGGAUUUAUGGAAGAAAUUCCCCAUGAGGAUGCGGCGAAUUCCAUUUUGUAGAUAAAUCUUUUAUAGUGACAAUCGCAUGGCCAUUAGCUCAGCGGAAGUGAAGAAAUCUUGAGAUGUUUGGUUAUCUUUCACUUUUUGUUUCAACAAAAUAUUGUUUAUCACAAAACACUCGUGUUUGAUUCAGCUAUCUGUUAGGAGAUGAAUUACCGUGAUAAAUAUGUUUGCAAUGCUUUCUGUUUAAGGUUGUUGAUUCUUAAGUUUUUGCGUCUCAAGGAAAACUUUAUCAAAACAUUUGUCACUGAAAUCUAAUACAUAGUGGAUACGGUAUAUAAGAUUA